GGAAAGACAAGGAAGACGUGGUGGUCCCAGCGUCAGGCGGGAGGUACGAUGUGCACCUCAAGAAGCGGCAGCGCGUCGCGGUGUACUGGGAGGAGGAGGUGUCCGAGGUGCGCCGCUGCACGUGGUUUUACAAGGGAGACAAGGACAAUAAGUACAUUCCCUACUCGGAGACCUUCAGUGAAGAACUGGAGGAAGCUUACAUGACCGCCGUGACCCAGGAUGAGUGGAAGAAGAAACUGGAGUCCCCUAGCAGGGAAAUCAUUAUCCUGCACAACCCAAAGCUGAUGGUGCACUACCACCCCGUUGCCACCUCCGACGACUGGGGCUCAACUCCUACAGAACAAGGUCGACCUCGGACUGUGAAGAGAGGAGUAGAAAACAUCGCUGCUGAGAUCCCCAAUGGGGAGCCGCUGCAGAUCGAUCACUUGGUGUUCGUGGUGCACGGGAUCGGGCCAGCCUGUGACAUCCGCUUCAGGAGCAUUGUCCAGUGCGUGAACGACUUCAGGAACGUUUCCCUGAGCAUGCUGCAGGCGCACUUCAAGAAAGCCCAGGAGCAGCAGCAGAUCGGGCGCGUGGAGUUCCUGCCUGUCAACUGGCACAGCUCCCUCCACUCCACAGGGGUGGACGUCGACCUGGAGCGCAUCACUCUGCCGAGCAUCAAUCGCCUGCGUCACUUCAUCAACGACACCAUCCUGGACGUUUUCUUCUACAACAGCUCCACCUAUUGCCAGACCAUCGUGGACACGGUGGCCUCAGAAAUGAACCGCCUGUACCAGCUCUUCCUGCAGAGGAACCCGCUCUUCAAAGGGGGGGUCUCCAUUGCGGGGCACAGCUUGGGGUCCCUCAUUUUGUUUGAUCUCCUGACGAACCAGAAGGCUGCUCCUGAGGAGGACGAGCGCAGUGAAGAGGGGGCCAGGACAACAGCAAGCAACAAGGGUGUGGAGGAAGUAAAGGAAAUCCUGAAGGAGCUGGAGCUGUCUGAAUACUGUGAGGUUUUUGAGAAGGAGAAGAUGGACAGGCAAGCGCUGUUCUUGUGCACAGAGGCAAACCUUAAAGAAAUGGGAAUUCCCUUAGGACCAAGAAUGAAGAUGCUUCAUUACAUCAGCUCCAAGAGGGAGAUGCAGGACCAGAGCACAGCAGCUCCCCAGCACAAGGAGUGUGGGUCCCCACCGCAGCAAAACCCAGACAACACAGAUGAUGGCAGGAGUUGCCAAUACCGGGACAUUGGCUUAGGACAGGUCUCAGCAAACUACCCUCAGCUGAACUACAAACCCACCAUCUUCUUUGCUUUUGGGUCACCCAUCGGGAUGUUUCUCACGGUGCGAGGAGUGAAGCGGAUCAACCCAAACUACAGCCUGCCCACCUGCAAAGGCUUCUUCAACAUCUUCCACCCCUUUGACCCGGUGGCGUACAGGAUUGAGCCCAUGAUCGUCCCAGACGUGGAGUUUGAGCCCAUGCUGCUGCCUCACCACAAGGGCAGGAAGAGGAUGCACUUAGAGCUGAAGGAAGGGCUGACUCGCAUGAGCGUGGACCUGAAGAACAACUUGCUGGGGUCCCUGCGGGUGGCCUGGCAGUCCUUCACCCGUGCCCCACUGCCAGCCUUGGAGGCAGCGAGUACUGAGGGUGAAGGGGAGGCAGAGGCCAGCACGGAGAAGCAGCCAGACACGAAGGCAGAGGAGCCCCCCCCAGCAGUGAAGGAAGAGGCCUCCCCCAUUAACGUGGGGAGGCUGAACGGGGGGAACCGCAUAGACUAUGUGCUGCAGGAGAAGCCCAUCGAGAGCUUCAACGAGUACCUAUUUGCACUACAAGGGCACCUCUGCUACUGGGAGUCGGAAGACACCGUUCUGCUGGUCCUGAAGGAGAUCUACCAGACACAAGGCAUCACACUGGAUCAGCCUUUGCCAGGGAGCCAGUGA